CAGCAGUUCAGUCAGACUCGUGUUAGUGUGAGCAGGAACAGAAAACUUGAGCAGAAAAUGGCAGAAGUCCCUCCAGCCGCUGCACCGGCCAAAGCCGCCAAGAAGAAGGUUUCCAAGCCGAAGGCAGCUGUCCCCAAAGUCAGCGAUCUCAUCGUUGAAGCUGUGGCCGCAUCCAAGGAGCGAAGCGGCGUGUCUCUGUCCGCCGUCAAGAAGGCUCUGGCUGCCGGAGGCUACGAUGUGGAGAAGAACAAUUCCCGCGUUAAGACCACCAUCAAGAGCCUGGUCGUUAAUGGGACACUGGUCCAGAUCAAGGGCAUCGGAGCGUCCGGAUCAUUCAAGAUAAGCAAGAAGGUUGCCGAGCCUAAGACCAAGAAGCCCGCAGCCAAGAAAGUCGCUCCUAAAGCCAAGAAGCCCGCAGCCAAGAAACCUGCAGCGGCCAAAAAGCCCGCGGCAGGAAAGAAGUCUCCCAAGAAGGCAAAGAAACCCGCAGCAGCCAUGAAAGCAGCUCCCAAGAGCCCCAAGAAGGCCACCAAGAGCCCGAAGAAGGUCGCUAAAAGCCCCAAGAAGGUCGUUAAAAAGGCUGCAAAGAGCCCCAAGAAGGUGGUGAAAAAGGCCCCUGCAGUCAAGAAAUCCCUCGCAAAGGUCGCCAAACCCAAAGCGAAGAAGGCAGCACCCAAGAAGAAGUGAGCUGUCAUCAGACUGAUCUGACUAAGAUCCACAAAAGGCUCUUUUAAGAGCCACCCAUUUUGUCAUAAUGAGCAUAUUUCUUGUGUCAAUAACUGCAGUCAGAAUAAUAAUGUCAUGGUUAUUAUACUUAAGGGGCAAUCCGAUUAACAGAAACAGUACUGUUGAAUAUGUACAAAGUCCAGAAGUGUAGUUAGCGCUAUAACCAGCCCAUCACACACUACAGCCACCGUUCAUCCACAGAUUCAUGCCAUUAUCUUCCAAACUGUUUCUUUUGCUUUAUUUCUGUUUCCAUACUUGAAUAUUAUUAUACCAGUGGCCAAUCUUCAAUUAUUUAAUUUAAAUGUUGUGGAUUGCUUUGUUCUGAAAAGGUCAUUUAUUUUAUAUGUAGAACAUUUUUAUAAUAAUAAAACAUAAAUAAAUACAUUAACAGCUGUCAGUCUGCAAAAGCACCCUGCA